AUCCCUCUAACCCCCUCUUCAAUUUACGCAUAACACAGUAGUUUAUUUCACAAACACACGCAUUCUCACACACUAAGAGAGUGAGACACAUCUGUAAACGAAGCAUAAGCACAAGCAAACACAAACUAGAAAGAGAGAUGGCUACAUUCCCCCUAAUCGACAUGGAGAAGCUUGACGGUGAAGAGAGGGCUGCCACUAUGGGAGUCAUAAAAGAUGCUUGUGAAAGCUGGGGCUUCUUUGAGGUGUUGAAUCAUGGGAUAUCUAAUGAGUUCAUGGACACAGUGGAGAGGCUAACAAAGGAGCAUUACAAGAAAUGUAUGGAACUAAAGUUCAAGGAAAUGGUGGAGAGCAAGGGACUGGAAGCUGUUCAGACUGAGAUCAAUGAUUUGGACUGGGAAAGUACCUUCUUCUUGCGCCAUCUUCCUGUUUCCAACAUCUCAGAAGUCCCUGAUCUUGAUGAUGAAUACAGAAAGGUUAUGAAGGAAUUUGCGUUGCAACUUGAGAAACUAGCAGAGCUCCUAUUGGACUUGCUAUGCGAGAACCUUGGCCUAGAGAAAGGCUAUCUGAAGAAAGCCUUCUAUGGCACCAAAGGACCAACCUUUGGCACCAAAGUCAGCAAUUACCCUCCAUGCCCUCGUCCAGAACUGAUCAAGGGCCUCCGGGCACACACCGAUGCCGGCGGCAUCAUCCUGCUGUUCCAGGAUGACAAGGUCAGCGGUCUCCAGCUCCUCAAGGAUGGUGAAUGGGUGGAUGUUCCGCCUAUGCGCCACUCCAUUGUAAUCAACAUCGGCGACCAACUUGAGGUAAUCACAAAUGGAAAAUACAAGAGUGUGAUGCACCGGGUGAUAGCUCAACCAGAUGGGAACAGAAUGUCACUAGCAUCAUUCUACAAUCCAGGAAGUGAUGCAGUGAUCUAUCCAGCACCGGCAUUGGUUGAGAAAGAGGCAGAGGACAAGCAGAUAUAUCCCAAGUUUGUGUUCGAGGACUACAUGAAGCUCUAUGCUGGCCUUAAGUUCCAAGCUAAAGAGCCCAGGUUUGAAGCCAUGAAGGCCGUGGAAAGCACCGUAAACUUGGGUCCAAUCGCAACUGUUUGAGAUCACGCUUUGAUCUGCUGCUGUCUUAUAAUGCGCGUUUGCGUAAUCAUAUCCUAGCAUAGUAAUAAUAUCUGAGAUCUGAGUCUGUAUUGUGGUGUGAGUUUGGUUUAGCCCCUUGUUAAUGCUUGGAUUGGACUAGUUAAAUGUGGAGCUGGUUUGUUAGAUAAGAUAGUCUUGCCAGGAUCUUUGAGUAAAUAUGAUUCUGCGGAAGUCUGCGGUGAAUGAUAACGUGUAAAGCAAUCCGAAAGUUACCUUUCUGGGGCUUUGUCAUAUGCAAUGGAGAAGGAAUCUUCCAAUACCAGCACUGCUAAGUGGAUACAAAAACUUUGAUCGA